AGAACCUUAGAUGUCCCCACGCCUCCCGUGUCCAGUGUACUCAGCACCACCUCCCCUCAGAGCAACGUGACAGGAUACCGGAUGACUGUGCCUGUGGGGCUUGCUUUCAAUCAUCAUUUAGAUAAACAAGCCCUGCUGCUGGUCCUACAGACAAUAUAGAUCUACCGAUGAGGUAGCAGAAUCGGCUAAGACAAGUUUGUUACAUACAUAUUCUAGAGUAAUAAUGGCAACAGUUAAACCAGAUGACAGACUGACAAGAUCUCAGGGCUUCAUGUGCGUUGGUUUUGCGGGAGUUUUCAGUAAAACUGUUACGUCGCCCCUGGAGGUGGUGAAAAUUAAGAGUCAAGUGGGCACAUUUCACUGUAAAAAAGGCUUUCUCCACAGCUUUCUUUUUGUCUACCAGAAUGAAGGCAUACGAGGAUUUUGGAAAGGGAACCUCGUCUCCUGUCUCCGCCUGUUUCCUUACAGUGUCGUCCAUUUGGCAACAUACAAACAGUGAGUGAAUAAGCAAUUUGGUGUGUUGUUUCUGAGUUAUGAUAACAUUAAUCUUAGACAAGUAGCUAGUUUGCUACUAGCUAACUAUAACGUUACAGCUAUCUAACAGUAUAGCUAAUUUAAUUACCAUGCUAGUUAGCGAUAACCAACCAGGCUGAUAGGGCAUGUUUGGAACAAAAAGCAGCACGUCUUUUUACUGGGUUGACAUUUUUGCAAAUACAUUUUAUGAAUACUUCGACGUCGUCUGCGGAACUGGUAUAGCUAGCUAGUUAGUUAGUAAAUAAAGAAAUAAAGCUAGCUAGUGUCACACAUUUCCAUCCAACUCACUUCCGUUUCUCUAAAGAUUCCUGUUGGACACGCCUUCUAUCAUUGUCCAAUCAGACGGCUCUUAAAACUCAGCCGAGUAUGGUGUCACUUCAUAGCUAAACAAAUUGAUAAGUAGGCAUGCCUAACUUCUCGAUUUUUAUGGUCACAUUCGACCAUGCCAUGAUAGCUGAGGAGUUAUGGUACAUAGUGUUUUCUAUUCUAGCGUUGACAGUAAGACCUCACGCGUCAGUGCAUGUGCACAUGUAAACACGACCCCUGCCCCGCACGGCAGGGAAAUGUUCUGUACAUCGUGUUCCACGCAGGGCUUCCAAGAAGAGGGCAGCUCCUCUCCUUCCUUGACUUUCAGUAAAUAUAUAUUAAAUAAAGUUUGUCAGAUUAAUAAACAGCCAUAAAGUAUCAGAUGACAUUUACUGCAGCUCUACUUCGACACCAUCUUAAUUUUCUGACGUAUGAUGGUGGAUUCUCAAUGGAGAACAUGAUAUGUUGAAUUUGCAUGGUAUGUUUACUCUCUAUGAAAAAUUACAACUGUUCUUGAAUUAGAUACUCAGUCUGUUACAGUUAGUAUGUUUACUCUCAGAAAAAUUUGAACUGUUCUUGAAUUAGAUGCUAUUACAGUUAUGUAACAUACAGUUACUUACUGCUAGAAUUUCCAGAAGCCAGAAGCCAUAAUCAUACAUAAUAAUAAUAGGAUUCACUAGCUGUACCUGUCUCAUGAAUAACGUAUGCAUUGAUUAAAGUAAAUAUAUUUUCAAAAUAGGUUCCUUUAUAAAGAUAAUUAAGAACCAAAACAUUGACCUCUGUGUUCUUGACUUUCCAGGAUCGUCCACCUCCACAUGGAUGAAUUGGGCUACAUCUCUCAGUGGAGGGCAAUUUUUGCUGGUGGGCUAGCUGGUAUAAGUGCUGCGCUGGCCACGUACCCUCUGGAGGUGGCAGAGACUCGCCUCAUAGCUCAGAACUGCAGAGAGCCUACCUACAGGGGGGUGGUCCACACGCUUUCUAAGAUAUACCAGACCGAAGGCCUUCGAGCACUCUACAGGGGCUUCUCUCUCACAAUCCUAGGUACACACUUAUGUCUGUAUACUACAGAAAUGUGGAUUAAGAUAUUCCUAAGAAAAGCCACACAAUGAUUUAGGAUAACUCUAUAUAAAGUUUGUCCAGUCUGCUUACUUGUGAAACACCCUUUCUUACAGCUUAUAGAGCUUUCAUUGUUGUUUGAAAUUUGGAACAGCCAAACAGAGAAUAUUUAUAUCAUGAUGAUAUGUUGUUCUAUUAGGCAGUGUUGACAUAGCUAGUAACUGUGGAUCUAUUCUGCUACAGGUGCAUUUCCCUUCUCUAUUGGUUGCUAUGCAGUCUACAUCAACUUGGACAAGCUGUGGCGGGAGCCCCAAUUCCGGUUCACUCCCCUACAGAACUUCAUCAAUGGCUGCAUAGCUGCAGGAGUGGCCCAAACACUCUCCUACCCCUUUGAAACUGUGAAAAGGAAAAUGCAGGUAAGCGCACUCAACUCAUUGGGCCAUUUUAUGAGACACAACUAAUUUGGUAAUACCACAUCCAUCCAUAGGGUGGUGCAUUUGUACACAUUUGUACCGGUAUCUCUGACCAGUACAUACCGGUAGUAAAACACUUGUCCUUACACAGCAAAACACUUGCCCUUGAUAAAGUAGCCUACGAGUGCAUGCGUUUUUUUCUACUUUCUAAACAAAAUGCAACAUAGAAGCUUAGAAAUUAGCCAAAAAAGAUAGUCACGCUUUGAAAGUUUUACACUAAGAUGAAUAAUACAGUUUCUUCAUAGACUUUAAACUACAAUAACUGACCAUAGUUAUUGGCAAAUACCAUACAUUGGGCUGAUGUAUGAGUUAAUGUCUCCCCUAACAUGUCCUUCUCUGUAUGAAUGAGAGGACACAUAGGGUUCAAUAGGACUUCUAUGAAGGACGGAAUACUACAUCCGUUUUUAUCAAUGUAUUAUUAGUGACCACAAGGUGCUGCGGCAGCUGAGAAUGUGAAUGCUGUUCAGGGUCUGCCUGCGCUCUAGAUAAGUUCUCUAAAUAUAGCUGACAGCUAUCACACAGUGAACAAGCACAGUCUCACUCCAAUUGAGAAGCCCAUAAAACAAACUGCACCUCUCUUUAAUGCCCUCUGCCUAGUUUCAGACACACAGAAUUAAGAAAUAUAUUUGUUGUUCCCGUUUUGUAUAGAAGUUUAUUAGAUUUUUUUGGCCAAAACAAGAACUUCAAUUAGAGACGGAUGACACGACCCACAAGCAACAUUUUUUAAGGAAGCUUAAAGCAUGGGUGCAGUUCUUGUUUCACCAGCCAGCCAGUAGCAUUUCCUUAACAAACUCAGCCUUUGAGAUCUGUCAAGGCCUCGUCACUGGAAGUGUGUUGUCUUUGGGGGAUGGUUAUUCUCAUGGAUUAAAGUGCCCUCUAACAUGCGAAUGCAUCCAAGGUGGAGCCAGUCAAGUGGUUCAUGCUUGACAAAAGGAAAGCACAGUUUGUUUUGGGACAUGUAAGAUACUGAUGUCCUGUCUGUGAGAGUACUGAGACCACACCCACAUUUGCUCAGUUAAUUUGGUUUCACUUAUAUCAAAUUGGUGAGUGAAGAGUCAUCGUAAUGAAUGACUUCAGUGCUGCAGUCAGGAUAUAGCUAGUCAUGUGGCAUCCAAGUUAUAAAUGUCCCUUAGCACAGAACCCCGGUUUGAGCAAUUAUCGUAAAUGUCAGGAAUUUCCAUUCAUAAAAAUCAUUCCAUUCAUUCCAUAGUCUCUCUCCCUACAUAAAAAAAUACUAAAAUGUUAUAGUAAACUGUAGUAUACUGUAGAAUACUAUACUACACACUUGUAUCCCUCAUCACGUAGUGCUUUCUUUCACAUUUUUAGAUUGAUUGGACUGCUAGAUAGCGUUGUCGUUGCAGAAAUUAAGUCAAACGGAUUUAAGUUUUUCUGCAUUAAAAUCACCAGCUACUAGGAGCACUGCCUUUGGAUGAGCAUUUUCUUGUUGGUUUAUGGCCCUAUAUUGCUAAUUGAGUGCAGUCUUAGCUAUACAUCUCAGCGCCAUUCUUUAUACUACAGUCAUGUCCACAAAAACACUACAGUAAAUACUACAGUAUACUACGGUCGUGUCCACAAAAACACUACAGUAAAUACUACAGUAUACUACGGUCGUGUCCACAAAAACACUACAGUAAAUACUACAGUAUACUACGGUCAUGUCCGCAAAAACACUACAGUAAAUACUACAGUAUACUACAGUCAUGUCCGCAAAACACUACAGUAAACACUACAGUAAAGUCUGCAAAAACACUACAGUGAAUACUAUAGUAUAAAAAUAUAGUAAUACUACAGUAUUUAGACCAUAGUAUUUUUUUCAUGUGGGUCACUACUUGGAUCACACACGCUUAUGAGUUUGUCCCAAAUAUCUGUCAUUAAUUGAUCCUAAAUGCAUUUAUUUUAUACUGGUGCUCUCUAGGAUCACUUUCCUAGUAACUGGUCUAACUGGAAACCUCUCUCAUUACAUAACUGUCAUGACUCAUCUAAUCAGGAAUUUUUGUCCUCCUCUCUCUCGCCAGGCCCAGAAUCCUCGGCUCCCCCAUUAUGGCGGCGCUGAUGUCCACUUCACUGGAAUGCUGGACUGCUUCAGGCAGGUGAUCAGAAGCAAGGGCAUCCUGACACUGUGGAGUGGCCUCACAGCUAACAUGGUCAAGGUAGGACCACCUAAGUCAUGUUCCCAUCAUUUUUGUUAUACAUUAGCCUAUUACCAUAAUGAUUUAUUGCGCUCUACCCCCAACCCUCUACCAGUCCUCCUCAGUCUUGUCAGCUGUAGAUAUAGUGCAGUAAUAGAUAUAGUAAUAUACAGCCAAUGCACAUUUAUCAAACCAAUACCAUUUUUUAUAUCAGUGUGAAACAGUAGAAUGGCCCAGUCCUUGGGAGAGGACCUUGAGAGAGAUGUGCUUUGUGGGUAAUUUAUAACAGGGUUAUUACAAGCUGGCAGAUGUGGGUCUGAUCCUUGAACAGCAUGCACUGCUCUCAUCUUUCAUCUCCAAAUGGCUUUUCAUGAUGGCAGUGGAGUUGUUUCUUUUAUUGGUGUAAAAUCUCCUCUCAUGAACAGUCUACCAAGUAAAUAGUGUACUUUGUGGACAGGAAGAUCAUAACCAGGUCCUACUACCAGGGCAGAUUUUAACCUACCUCUUCACAUUUUAUACAGAGACACUUCAAAAGCAAUUGAUCUAUUGAGCCCACUGACAUCUUCCCUGUUUGUCCUCCUCAGAUUGUCCCCUACUUUGGCCUUCUCUUCAGCUGCUUUGAGAUGUGCAAGCAGGUCUGUCUGUACCGCAACGGGUACAUUGUGUCUCCAUUGAGCUAUAAGUUGGCACCAGGCGUGGACCAGAGCAUGGGCCCUACUGAGGUGGAAGAGGUGAAGCGGUACCUGAAGAAUAGGAACUUUCAGUCACAGCAAGGAAGUCGCUGGUGAAACUGGUGUAACAACAAAUCCUGCACAAGGGGAUGAUGACCAUUAGUAUAGGAAAGUGUCUGAACUAUCAAAAAGAGUCAGGAAUAUUUGUUGGAAUUCAAUACUUUGAAGAUGACAAUUUGGUUGAUGUCAGGUCUGAUUUCAGAAUCAGAGGUACAUCUAUUGAUAGACAUUAAUCAUGCUGUAUUGUAUUUUAAAGUUGCAAUGCAAUCAUAGGAAUUGCACUUUUAUACUUGACACAUGGAAUAUUUUUUUUACUGUAUGUUCAGAGCAAGGUUAUGGUAUUUUCUAACGUUGUUAUACAGUUUUUUUUUUACUGUAUUUGAUACUAUUCCACUCAUUCCGCUCCAGCCAUUACCAGGAGCCCG